AAAACACGCGAUGCAGCUUCAUAUACUUCGAAGAUAUUUUGAUCUUUUUCCUGCAAGAAAGACGGCCGUCCGGUUAAUUAUCCUUGGAAGUUGUCAUGAUCCAAAUUAUUUAACGGGUCUAAAAGAUUUAGCCUGGAGUCUUGGCAUCAACCACCGCGUCGACUUUAUAGUAAAUGUACCGUUUGGUAAAGUAUUAGAGGAGCUGCAGAAGGCCGGAAUUGGUUUACACACAAUGAAAGACGAGCAUUUCGGGAUCGGGAUUGUGGAAUUAAUGCUGGCAGGGGCGAUUCCUAUAGCGCAUAAUUCUGGAGGCCCCCGGGACGAUAUAAUUAAGGAAGACGUUGGAUUUUUGGCAUCCGACGUUGAUGAAUACGUUGACAAGCUCGACCAUAUAUUCCAACUUCAACAAUCUCAGCGCGGCUAAGCGCUAGACGUUUUUCGGAAGAUAACUUUCAGAAAGCUUU